UAAAGGAUGUAAUUCUGCCUCCCAAUCGCCGUGACCAGCAUCUACACGAACUAACCUCAUGAAAUAACCCCACCCUAAAUAGUCACCCUUUACUAUCCAUUCUUAGUUCGUUUGCGUAUGUCCUUCUCUUCUCUUUUUUUUUAAAUUAAUUGAAAGAUUGAAAUAUGUUGCCCAGCCUCAGAAAAACGGCUGUUAUUUGGAGAUUGACGGCUUUCUGACCAAUCAGAUUGAGGAUGUAACAUUUUUCGAGAACCAAUCAAAAUCCCCGCAUUUGAUGCUGCUACUGCUGCUGAUCGUUGUCCAUUCACCGGGGCUUGCCACUCAGUUUGUCCUUUACUUUUAAUCCACCGAGAAACGUACUCCACUCGUGCCCGGGAUCAUCCAGUUUGUUGCUGGAUUCUCUCCCCUUUCGCUUUACGCUCCGUCGACGGGAUUGAAAUGUUCCAUUUAAGGCCAACGGCGCUGCUCAAGGAGAUAUUUCAGAGGCAGCUCAAGCGGCAUUUGGCAGGCACAGUCCACGCGCCACCUGCAGCUGGCCCCUGGAGCCGCUCUCCGGCCUCGGGGACGGCUGAGCAGUACAACGCCAGACGCUUUUGUUCCAAAGCAGACGGACAUAAUGAGGCCACCAAAGAUUCUUCAACGGAGAAGAGAAGGAAGGCAGGUAUUCUACCCAGCCUGGAGGACCUGCUCUUCUACACCAUAGCUGAAGGCCAAGAAAAGAUCCCAGCACACAAAUUCACCACAGCUCUCAAAGCCACGGGGCUGCGCACAGGAGACCCCCGUCUGAAAGAAUGUAUGGAGAUGUUGAAGGUGACUGUGAAAACGACAUCAGACGGAGCCCUAGAUAGACACCUCUUCAAGAAAUGCGUGCAGAGCAACAUUGUGCUGCUCACUCAAGCCUUCCGAAAGAAAUUCGUCAUCCCCGACUUCCAACCGUUUUGCCGCCACAUUGAUGAGCUCUACGACAAUGCAAAGAAUAUGUCCGGAGGGCAAGUGGCUGACUACAUUCCCCAGUUGGCUCGCUUCAGCCCAGACUUAUGGGCCGUCUCCCUCUGCACUGUGGACGGUCAAAGGCAUACGGUAGGUGACACCAAGGUGCCCUUCUGUCUGCAGUCUUGCGUGAAGCCUCUGAAAUACGCCAUCGCUGUUCACGACCACGGCACAGAGUAUGUGCACCGAUUUAUUGGCAAAGAACCCAGCGGUCUGCGCUUCAACAAGCUCUUCUUGAAUGAGGAUGACAAACCACACAACCCCAUGGUGAACGCCGGCGCCAUUGUCUGUACUUCUCUUAUCAAGCAAGGAGCCAGCAAUGCUGAGAAGUUUGACUAUGUGAUGAACUUCAUGAACAAACUGGCGGGAAACGAGUAUGUCGGCUUCAGCAACGCCACGUUCCAGUCUGAGCGUGAGUCUGGAGACAGAAACUUUGCCAUCGGCUACUACCUGAAGGAAAAGAAGUGUUUUCCAGAAGGAACUGACAUGACAUCCAUCUUGGACUUCUACUUCCAGUUGUGCUCCAUUGAGGUGACCUGUGAGAGUGCCAGUGUAAUGGCGGCAACCCUCGCCAAUGGUGGCUUCUGUCCCAUCACAGGAGAGCGUGUACUGAGCCCGGAGGCAGUGCGCAACACUCUCAGCCUGAUGCACUCAUGUGGAAUGUAUGAUUUCUCUGGACAGUUCGCCUUUCAUGUGGGUCUCCCAGCUAAAUCUGGCGUUGCUGGCGGGAUCCUGCUUGUUGUUCCAAACGUCAUGGGCAUCAUGUGUUGGUCUCCUCCCCUCGACAAGCUGGGCAACAGUGUGCGAGGCAUCCAAUUCUGCACGGAUCUGGUUUCCCUCUGCAACUUUCACAACUAUGAUAAUUUGAGACACUUUGCAAAGAAACUGGAUCCUCGCAGGGAGGGAGGUGACCAGAGAGUGAAGUCUGUGAUCAAUCUGUUGUUUGCUGCGUAUACAGGGGAUGUGUCAGCCCUGAGGAGGUUUGCGUUGUCCUCCAUGGACAUGGAGCAGAGGGAUUAUGACUCCAGGACAGCUCUUCAUGUGGCUGCAGCUGAAGGUCACGCUGAAGUGGUUCGCUUUUUGCUUGAGGCCUGUAAGGUCAACCCGGUCCCCAAAGACAGGUGGGGAAAUACACCGAUGGAUGAAGCAGUUCACUUCGGCCAUCAUGAUGUAGUCACCAUCCUGCGCGACUACCACAAUCUGUACAGUUCUCAGGAGAACCCAGCAACAAAGGAGAACGCAGAGAAGAACCUGGAUGGCAUGUUGUAAUAUGUCUGGAAGGAACAUCACAACUCCAAUGUGUGUUGCACAGAACUUUAUAUAUUUAUAUAUAUACUGUACUUAUAUAUUGUUCUGAUGACAGCAAAUGUUCGCACCUAUGAGAAAUCUCAAUCAUGUUGUUUAGCUGGUGUUACUACUUUCUACUUAUGUUGGAGUAGGUUUAGGUGUGAGUUUUGCUGUAAUUUUCCAUUAGCUUUACUUUUGUAGCCUCUUACAGGACGGUACCAGCCAAAAGCUGAAUGCUGGCUUCAUUUAGUGGCCGCUGGUACUUUUGCUUUAGGCAGUUGUAGUAAACAAUACGGCUGUAUUUUUAAACGUUACCAUGUGGUGGAAUGUAAUGUCUCCAAACAAUUUGUGUGUUUGUAUUAUUUAUUUAUUCAUAUAUUUAAGAUAAAUGUUGAACGUGUGUUUAUAAGUCUAUUCAUGUUCCAUUGUGGUGGAUUAAGCCAUGACCGAGAUGUCAUUCCCAAUAUUAUGACUGGAAAAUGUUUUUGCUGUUUACAUUUACUCAAGAUGUUUUUAUUUUACUUAUUUGCUAUUUAUUAUGGAUAAACGUAGUGUACAAAUGUAAAAAAUGAUCCAAAGUUUAGGUAGUUUCUGUUGACUGUACUAUUUGGAGAGGAGCCUUUGAUCGUUUCCUUGGUUGAAAAUCUUUUUCUGAUGAAGAUGGAUGUUUUUAUUUUGGUUUAAUGUUGUGACACAGCUUUUCCAUACAGUAUUUCUAGCACACAUUAUUACACGAAAAUUGGGAAAAAAGGAGUUGGCCAAAUUUCAAAUGCUCCCUGCAAAACGUAAUAAAAAUGGUCAGGUGUGUGUUUGUGUUUUGGAUGACAGACACAACGUCGAAGCACAACAACUGCGAUAUGUCUGACGCAUUUAGCAGAGCAGAACGUCACAUAGAUUUGAGCUUAUCUGUGUUAUGUGCCUGUGCCUCUACCUGUGUUAGUCAUUGCUACUGUUACUGGAUGUAUCGAUUUCGGGAAACGUUCUCACAGAUUAAAUAUAUAUUAAACAAUUGGACAUUUUGUUCUCUG